CGGGCAGCUGCUGCUGCAGCACAACAUGGAGGCGGCAGCGCCGCCGCCGCCGCUGCUGUGGCUCCUGUUGCUGCUCGCCACCUCAGUACUUCGGUGCAACUUGGGGUCCGUCGGGGCUUCUCCUCUCUUGCUUUUUGCAAACCGCCGAGAUGUCAGAUUGGUGGAUGCUGGUGGAGUGAAGAUGGAAGCAACAGUUGUGGUCAGUGGCUUAGAAGACGCUGCUGCAGUUGACUUCCUCUACUCACAAAGUGUUAUUUACUGGACAGAUGUGAGUGAAGAAGCCAUCAAACAGACUUAUUUUAACCAAACUGGGAAUCUUGUACAGAAUGUCAUUGUUUCAGGAUUGCUUUCUCCAGAUGGCCUGGCAUGUGACUGGAUUGGGAAAAAAUUGUACUGGACUGACUCAGAAACAAAUAGGAUUGAGGUUGCUAAUCUCAAUGGAACAUCUAGGAAGGUUCUCUUCUGGCAAGAUCUUGACCAGCCAAGAGCAAUUGCCCUGGAUCCAGCUCAUGGGUACAUGUAUUGGACAGACUGGGGUGAAACACCUAGAAUAGAGCGUGCUGGAAUGGACAGCAGUUUUCGGAAAAUAAUCGUGGAUUCUGACAUUUAUUGGCCCAAUGGACUCACUAUAGAUCUCAAUGAACAAAAGCUUUAUUGGGCUGAUGCAAAGUUGAGCUUCAUUCACAGAGCAAAUCUGGACGGCUCUUUCAGGCAAAAAGUUGUGGAAGGUAGUCUCACUCACCCAUUUGCCCUGACGUUGGCUGGGGACACCCUGUAUUGGACGGAUUGGCAGACGCGUUCCAUUCAUGCCUGCAACAAGAAAGCUGGAGAGAAUAAGAGAGAAAUAAUAAAUUCACUUUACUCACCAAUGGACAUCCAGGUUUUGAGCCCUGAAAGACAGCCAUAUUUUCAUACACCCUGUGAGGAUAAUAAUGGUGGUUGUUCGCAUUUGUGCCUGUUGUCCCCAAAGGAACCCUUUUACAGUUGCAACUGUCCCACUGGAGUCCAACUUCAAGAAGAUGGAAAAACCUGCAAAGCAGGUGCUGAGGAAGUCCUCUUGCUUGCUAGAAGAACAGAUCUAAGAAGAAUUUCCCUGGACAUGCCAGACUUCACAGAUGUUAUUCUGCAAAUAGACAAUAUUAGGCAUGCUAUUGCAAUUGACUAUGACCCUGUUGAGGGCUACAUAUACUGGACAGAUGAUGAUGUCAGAGCUAUUCGCCGGGCAUUUCUUGAUGGAUCUGGAGCCCAGACUCUAGUAACAACAGAGAUAAAUCAUCCUGAUGGUAUAGCAGUAGAUUGGGUGGGUAGGAAUUUGUAUUGGACUGAUACUGGCACAGAUCGGAUUGAAGUUACACGUUUGAAUGGGACAUCAAGAAAGAUCCUUAUAUCAGAAAACUUAGAUGAACCUAGAGCGAUUGUGCUCAAUCCUGUGAUGGGUUAUAUGUAUUGGACAGACUGGGGUGAAAACCCGAAAAUUGAAUGUGCUUAUCUGGAUGGGUCUGAAAGGAAAGUCCUUGUGAAUACUUCUCUAGGAUGGCCUAAUGGUUUGGCAUUGGAUCUUGAGGAAGAGAAACUUUAUUGGGGAGAUGCAAAGACUGACAAAAUUGAGGUAAUAAGCCUUGAUGGAACCAUGAGAAAAACGCUCAUAGAAGAUAAACUUCCUCAUAUAUUUGGAUUUACUUUACUUGGUGACUACAUCUACUGGACAGAUUGGCAGAGACGAAGUAUUGAAAGGGUUCACAAGAGGUGGGCGAGUCGGGACAUUAUCAUUGAUCAGUUGCCAGACUUGAUGGGUCUUAAAGCAGCAAGUGUCACCAGAGCAGUUGGGACAAAUCCGUGUGCUGAGAAUAAUGGCGGCUGCAGCCACCUAUGCUUCUUCACACCCCAGGAGUGCAGAUGCGCCUGUCCGAUUGGACUGGAGUUACUUAGUGAUAUGAAAACCUGCAUCAUCCCAGAAGCUUUCCUUGUCUUCACCAGCAGGGCAGCCGUUCAUAGGAUUUCUCUUGAAACCAACAACAAUGAUGUUGCCAUUCCUCUUACUGGAGUCAAAGAAGCUUCUGCACUAGAUUUUGAUGUAUCUGACAACAGAAUCUACUGGACAGAUAUUAGCUUAAAGACAAUAAGCCGAGCUUUCAUGAAUGGAAGUGCAGUUGAACAUGUGAUUGAGUUUGGAUUAGAUUACCCUGAAGGGAUGGCUGUAGACUGGAUGGGGAAAAAUCUAUAUUGGGCAGAUACUGGAACCAAUAGAAUUGAAGUGGCACGGUUGGAUGGGCUGUUCCGGCAAGUUCUUGUUUGGAAAGAUUUGGACAACCCAAGGUCAUUGGCUCUUGACCCAUCAAAAGGAUAUAUGUACUGGACAGAGUGGGGAGGCAAACCCAAAAUAGUUCGAGCAUAUAUGGAUGGAACAAACAGUAUCAUGCUGGUGGAUAAGGUGGGACGUGCCAACGAUCUUACAAUUGAUUAUGAGGAUCAAAGACUUUAUUGGACUGACCUGGACACAAGCAUGAUUGAGUCAUCCAAUAUGCUAGGGCAAGAGAGGGAAAUAAUAGCAGAUGAUCUACCUCACCCCUUUGGACUAACUCAGUACAGUGACUUCAUCUACUGGACAGAUUGGAACCUUCACAGUAUAGAAAGAGCUGAUAAAACAAAUGGGAGGAAUCGAACACUUAUUCAGAGUCGUCUAGACUUUGUGAUGGAUAUAUUAGUUUUCCAUUCAUCACGACAAGAUGGCUUCAACGAGUGUGUGCAAAAUAAUGGGCACUGUGGGCAGUUGUGCCUGGCCAUACCCAAUGGAUAUAGAUGUGGCUGUGCAUCGCACUACACCUUGGAUCCCAAGACCUGGAACUGCAGUUCACCCAGUAGCUUCUUACUGUUUAGUCAGAAGUCUGCGAUAAGUCGGAUGAUACCAGAUGACCAGCAGAGUCCAGACAUCAUUCUUCCCAUCCAUGGCCUAAGAAAUGUUAAAGCCAUUGAUUAUGAUCCACUUGAUGCAUUGAUCUACUGGGUAGAUGGACGUCAAAAUAUUAUUAAAAGAGCAAAAGAUGAUGGCAGUCAGCCUUUCGCAGUCACGAGUAUUCCCAACCAAAGCCAAAAUCCAGAAAAGCAGCCACAUGACCUGAGCAUUGAUAUUUUCAGCCAUUCUUUGUACUGGACCUGUGAAGCUACAAAUACAAUUAAUGUCCACAGACUUAAUGGGGAGCAAAUUGGCGUUGUUCUACGGGGAGACUAUGACAAGCCCAGGGCCAUAGUUGUAAAUGCAGAACGAGGGUAUAUGUAUUUCACUAAUAUGCAAGAGCGAGCCCCGAAGAUCGAGCGUGCAGCGUUGGAUGGUACAGAACGGGAAGUCCUCUUCACCACUGGCUUGCUUCGACCUGUUGCACUAGUGAUUGACAAUAAGCUUGGGAAACUUUUUUGGGUGGAUGCCGAUCUCAAACGGAUUGAAAGCUGUGACUUAUCAGGGGCUAACCGUGUCACAUUACAAGAUUCCAACAUUCUCCAGCCAAUGGGUUUGACAGUUCUGGGAAAUCAUCUUUACUGGAUUGAUCGGCAGCAGCAGAUGAUAGAAAGAGUUGAGAAAACCAAUGGAUAUAAGAGGACCAGAAUACAAGGUCGAAUUGCUCACCUAACUGGUAUACAUGCCGUUGAAGAUAUUGAUAUGGAGGAAUUCUCAACCCAUCCGUGUUCCCGAGAUAAUGGUAAAUGUUCACACCUCUGUAUAGCAAAAGGAGAUGGAACUCCAAGGUGUUCCUGCCCUGUUCAUUUGGUACUUCUGCAGGACCUCUUAACAUGUGGAGAGCCACCAACCUGUUCCCCAGAUCAGUUCACAUGUGCAACUGGUGAGAUCGAUUGCAUUCCCAUGGCGUGGCAUUGUGAUGGUUUUUCAGAAUGCGACGAUCAGAGUGAUGAGGAGAGCUGCCCCAUCUGUUCAGCAACCCAGUUUCAAUGUGAGAAGGGGCAGUGCAUUGACGCACAUUUGAGAUGUAAUGGAGAAGUUGAUUGCCAAGAUAAAUCUGAUGAAUCUGACUGUGAAACAAUUUGUCUCCAGAAUCAGUUUCAGUGUGCCAGUGGCCAGUGUAUUCUGAAGAAGCAGCAAUGUGAUUCCUUUCCAGACUGCAUUGAUGGUUCUGAUGAACUUUCUUGUGGUAAGGGACUUCUUACUGAAAAAAUUAAAUCCCCGGAUGAGUCUGGACCCCACAGUAAUGCUAUUGGGCCUGUCAUUGGAAUUAUUCUUACUCUUUUUGUCAUGGGAGGCAUGUAUUUUGUUUGCCAGCGUGUGGUUUGCCAGCGUUACGCUGGGCCUAAUGGACCUUUCCCACAUGAAUAUGUCAGCGGGACCCCUCAUGUCCCCUUAAAUUUCAUUGCUCCAGGGAGUUCUCAGCAUGGGACCUUUACAGGCAUCUCUUGUGGAAAAUCUAUGAUUAGCUCCAUGAGCCUAAUGGGUGGAAGUAGUGGUGCCCCUCUUUAUGACAGAAACCAUGUCACCGGAGCUUCCUCUAGUAGUUCAUCCAGUACAAAAGCCACAUUUUAUCCACAGAUUUUGAAUCCACCACCUUCACCAGCUACAGAUCGCUCCCUCUAUAACACAGAAAUAUUUUAUUCUUCAAACAUUCCAUCAACCACAAGGUCUUACAGGCCUUAUCUUAUCAGAGGGAUUGCUCCACCAACUACCCCCUGCAGCACAGAUGUAUGUGAUAGUGACUAUACUACAAGCCGGUGGAAAGCCAACAAAUACUACAUCGACUUAAAUUCAGACUCAGAUCCUUAUCCUCCUCCACCUACUCCUCGCAGCCAGUAUAUGUCAGCAGAGGAGAGCUGCCCACCCUCUCCAGCUACCGAGCGAAGCUACUUCCACCUCUAUCCCCCACCUCCAUCUCCUUGUACAGACUCUUCAUGAUUUUAACAGAAGGGACUUUUUUUUUGUAAAUAUGUUUUUAAAUAUGAACAAAGAUUUUAAAUAUAUAUAUUUUAUGAUCUAAAAUGGGGUGGGAACUUAUAAAAAUGUGAAUAAAAAUGGGUGGGCCUGGGCUGUGAAAAUUGUACAGCAAAGUGAUAUUUAUGUUGAUUUUUUUAAUUUAAUAUCCAUUCUUUUGUGCCAUAUUUUGCCUUUGCAUUGAAGUCACAACAUUUAAAUUGACCUCCAAAGGAGGUGGGAAGCAGGAAAUAUAUGCUUGAAGCAUUUUGAAAUCAUCAUUUGAUUCAAUAAAGGGGAAUGUGCCAA